AGAGGCGUUGAACACGACCUGGUUAGUCAUACCAGGGUGUGGCCUCGAUUCACUCGCAGCGGACCAGUUUUUCCACUCUUUCUGCUGGUUCCUCUCGCUCGGUCUCCCUCUCUUCACAGCGAGCUCCGGUGCAGACUCGACCUCCUCCGACAGAACGAUCUUUCUUCAAAUCAAACCAACUAUCAACGGUCUGUCAGAAUGGCUGGUCGAGGCAGUGUGAGAGCCAGUGGAAACUUCAACGCCAACCAAGAUGCAGAGACACUCUACAAGGCCAUGAAGGGACUGGGAACUGAUGAAGAUUCCAUCAUGAAGUUGUUGACGUCUCGUAGCAACAGCCAGAGACAGCAGAUCAAAGCUGCAUACAAGACCCUGCACGGCAAGGACCUGGUAGGUGAUCUGCAGGGUGAACUGGGGGGAAAGUUUGAGACUCUGGUGGUGGCUCUGAUGACUCCGCCCAUCCUCUACGAUGUGACAUCACUACGGAACGCCAUCAAGGGGGCGGGGACUGAAGAGAAGGUGCUGAUUGAGAUCCUGUCUUCUAGAACGGCCCAGCAGAUUAAGGACAUCACUGCUGCCUACCGCCAGGAGUAUGAUGCGGACCUGGAGGAGGAUGUAACUGGAGACACAUCAGGUCACUUCAGGAGACUGCUGGUCAUCCUGCUACAGGCCAGCAGGCAGCAGGGAGUACAGGAGGGGAACAUAGAGACUGAUGCACAGACUUUGUUCUCAGCAGGAGAGAAGAAGUUUGGGACAGAUGAAGAACAGUUCAUCACCAUCCUGGGGAACAGGAGCGCUGAACACCUGAGGAGAGUGUUUGCUGCGUACAUGAAGCUGGCGGGGUAUGAGAUGGAAGAGAGUGUUCAGAGAGAGACUUCUGGAGGACUGAGAGACCUGCUGCUGGCCGUGGUAAAGUGUGCUAGAAGCGUCCCAGCCUACUUUGCAGAGACUCUGAACUAUUCAAUGAUGGGCGGUGGAACUGACGACCAGACCUUGAUCAGAGUGAUGGUGAGUCGUAGUGAAGUGGACAUGUUGGAUAUCAGAGCUGACUACAGACGCCUCUACGCCAAGUCUCUGUACUCUGCUAUACAGGGUGAUACUUCUGGUGACCACCGUAAGGCCCUCCUCCUGCUCUGUGGUGGCGAUGAUGCGUAACCAUGGCGGUGAUCCCUGAAGGGGCGGUACCCGGAGAGACCUUCGCUCUGACUGGCCCCUCUAGCGGUCAAUCACUCUCUGAGUCCCGUGUCAGCCAAUAGGAGAGCUCUGCUGGCCCCAGUGCAGCCCUGUGAUAGGUUAUGAGUGAUAAGACUUUAACCCUGUGUGUUUCUGUCAGGUAGCUAACAUCCUUCCAGCUUUACUCUGCUUCAUAUCUACAUCAUUAAAGUCAUAUUAAUGCCAGAAGUCAUUUUAUAUAUAUCAGUAAUGUAACAACCAAAGACUGUUUUAAUGUUUUACUGUUUGUAAGGCAACAGUGAAGACGUAAUAAAGAUUUUAAUAGCA